AUGGCCGCAGUCGGAGAGUGCUCGCUCCCCGCUCCGUGGCGGCCGGUCUCCCUCACUCACGUCGAGUAUCCCGCAGGUGACUUCUCUGGUCAGCUUUUAGCUUAUUUGAGUCUUGGUCCAAUAUUCAUUAUUGUUGGCUUUGUAACGCUCAUCAUAUUCAAGAGAGAGCUUCACACGAUUUCUUUCUUGGGAGGGCUGGCAUUCAACGAGGGAGUGAACUGGUUAAUAAAAAAUGUAAUCCGGGAGCCUCGGCCCUGUGAAGAAGCCCAUUCAACAGUGACCACAAAAUAUGGGAUGCCGUCCAGCCACUCCCAAUUCAUGUGGUUUUUCUCUGUCUAUUCCUUUCUGUUCCUUUAUUUAAGAAUGCACCAAACAAACAAUGCGAGGUUUCUGGAUUUACUAUGGCGACAUGUGCUGUCCAUCUGCCUCGUCACAGUGGCUUUGCUAGUCUCAUAUAGUAGGGUUUAUUUGCUCUACCACACCUGGAGCCAAGUCUUAUAUGGAGGUGUGGCAGGAAGCAUUAUGGCCAUAGCCUGGUUUGCCUUCACACAAGAGAUAUUAACGCCUCUCUUCCCAAGGAUAGCUGCGUGGCCAAUUUCAGAGUUCUUUUUAAUCCGAGAUACCAGCCUCAUUCCUAACAUCCUGUGGUUUGAAUACACAGUCACAAGAGCAGAGGCAAGAAACAGACAGCGCAAGCUGGGUACGAAGCUCCAGUGACUUGGGAAGCGUGGGGAUCAGAGUGCACGUUUUAACGGAGACAGACAAGAGCAGAGACCUGGGAGCAGCAAGGAGCCUUUUAACAGACGGACCAAAGGAACAGGCAGGGACCAUACCCAAAACCUGAAAGCCUUUGCUCUGCUUUAGCAGCUAGCUGGAUGCUCCCUGAUGCAUGUGGGACCGUGCAGGAGUAGAAACUCAUUUUCAACACAGAUGCACAUAGCUGGUUGGAAAGUACCAUCACGUCUACGUCAGGGGAGGGGGGA